CAUUUCUAUCUAAUAACAGUGACAGGCUGUUGUAAUCCCCCAUACCUCCUCUCUCUCUCUCUCUCUCUCUCUCUCUCUCUCUCUCUCUCUUCUGCUCCACCUACCUACAAACUGCAGCUCUGCUUUCCUCCCUCUCUCUUUCCCCCCUUCUCUCUCUCUCUCUCCCUGCAGAGCCGAUGAACCAGCAGAGCUUGAUCUGACUUGUCCUCCCUGCUUGUGGAAGUGUUUUCCUUGCUCCUCGGAACUUAUUUUGCGGUUGCCACACUCACGCUGUGAUAUGGCCAUUUCUGUUUCUCUCCAGUGUCUGGGGCUCAUCCUACUCGCAGCAAUCCUCCUGCAGACCAUCGCGGUUGCCGUCAGUUUUAUGUACUUCAACAAAGUCCUGAGCACGAUGCAGGAGAGUUUCUCUCGUAGUAGCGUUUCCUGUCUAAUUAACGCAAAUCAGCUCUCUGAGUCCGAAGUUUCCAAGGACAAGAGGAGCGACCCCUGCUGGCAAGUCACGCAACAGCUCCACUACCACAUAGAAAAGACCAUGGCUGACAGAUUCCAGAAGGAGAUAACUACUGCUAUGAGAGAUAAGCUGACAGGAGUGCUGCGACCCGGCGUCCGAGGAAUACCUCUUCCCAAAGUUGCUGCGCAUGUGACCGGUGUCAGCUCGUCCACAGAACCUCCGACAGCAGAGGGCUCACAGAACAGCAGGGGGUACCUGGGCGAGCGAAUCAGAGCGUGGGAGGGACAGAGAGGUCUGUCCUUCCUGCAGAACAUGGAGCUGAGGGGAGGAGAGCUGCUGGUGCCUCGAGCUGGCCUCUAUUACAUCUAUGCCCAGACCUACUUCAGACUGCCCUCCAUGGGCGAGAUGGAUUGGGAGGCAAAGGGGGAGACAGGGGAAACAAAGGAGGAGGAAGGAGCCCAGCUUGUCCAGUAUAUCUACAAGAAGAUGAGUUCCUACACGAUGCCCAUCCUGCUGAUGAAAUCAUUCCGGAGUGCCUGCUGGCCUCGGGGUCAGGAGCCUGGUCUCUUCUCCCUGCAUCAGGCCGGUACUGCCUUUCUACAGCCCGCCGACCGCCUCUUCAUCACCGUUAGCAACGCCAGCACCAUGGAGAUGGAUGGGAGGGCAAGCUACUUCGGGGCCUUCCUCGUUGGUUAAAGAGAGGGAACCUCGGAUAGAAGUGUCCGGGACUGAUGGGACUUGAUGCAGACAUCAACAGUAGUUGACCAAAAUGUCAGGGUUUUUGCUUGGGAAUGUGAGCAGCUGUGUGAGAGUGCAGGAUCGGAGAAGACUAAUGAACUGUUGGCAGUGCAAAGGACUUCUUUUGGAACCACAGAGCUGUAGGGAUAUGAUCAUACUGAGCUGCAGUGGCAGACUCGCUGUGGCUCAAAAUGGCACGGAAGAAGAGCCGUUUGCUGCGUAUUUACUCCAGUAGUCACAGUUAAACCUCACACCGGUUAUUAGCUCUGUGGUUGGGGCUGGUAAACAGAGUGUACUGUAUGACAGAGCAAACAUGGAUUACAUGGUGCAUUCAGAGUACAGGACAUUUGGAGCAGUACAAUAGAUGCAGAUAAAAAUGUGGCGCUCUCAUGUGUGAAUGACUUCUAUUGUGAACAGAGCGAGCUGUUUUUGCCCACAGGUCAAACGGUCGUCAGUCGUGUUGUCAUCCCCAGGAAAUGACAGUGCUGUUGGACACAUGACACUUAACUGGUCUUUUAUUAGAAAUAAGUAUUAAAAAAUGCCACUAGACAAGAUUUGAGAUGUUCAGUAUUAUGAAUGAAGCUUGUUUUGUUUGUUUACAGUACUUAAGGUUGAAUUUCCUCUUUGUGCAAUGUCUUGAAUGAAUGUGUGGCGUGACACACAUCACGGUCCUACAGCCUUAAAGAAGCACUGAUCUAGUAUGAAUGGACUGAGUAUUAAGUGUUUUUGACACAUGUACACUUCUAUAUCCAUUGGAUACCAAACCAGAUUUCAUUUUGUGCUGAAUAAAUUUAUAUUCAAGUGUUUUAUUUAAA